AUGAUCUGGGCCUCUGCUUCCCUUCUGCUUCUGCUACUGGCCGGCGUGGAAGCGCUCGUUCCCACGCCUGUACGGACCGCUAUACCAGAGGAUACGGUUCGUCGUGUUGCUAUUGAGACUCCCACUGCGAUAACCACGGCACUAGCGAGUGUUGAACAGCGAGGUGUUUCGAUCCCCCCGGUUUCAAUCGCUCCUAUUUCCAUUCCUCCUGUCUCUAUCCCUAGCUUGUCUCUUGACCUACCCAAAAACACUUGCACUCCAACUAUCGCCCCGGACAAGAAUGGCUGGGUGCCAGCAUCCGAAUGCAAUGCGCUCUACCUCUACUAUCCUUCUUUUGGAGCUGCCAUUGCGUUUUCGGUUCUAUUUGGCGUAGUGAUGAUAGCGCAUUUCAUACAGGCUACUUUUUAUAAAGCUGGCUUCGUCUGGGUUGUCUUGAUGGGAGCCACCUGGGAAUGCGCAGGGUUUGUUGUACGUUCAAUAGGCACCCGCGACCAGCAGAGCUCCGGCAUAGCAACAACGGCUCAGUUGUUCAUCCUACUCUCACCCCUAUGGGUUAAUGCUUUUGACUAUAUGGUCCUUGCUCGCAUGAUUCACUUCUACAUCCCCAGCCGAACCAUUGGCAUUUUCAAACCUGCGAUGUUAGCGAAGAUCUUCGUCGUUUUAGAUUUCGGUGCCUUCAUCAUCCAGCUAGUAGGUGGUGGCAUGGCCGGGCCCGGACAAACACCCGAGGCUGCAAUGCGAGGAAUCCAUAUCUACAUGGGCGGCAUUGGGAUUCAGGAAUUCUUCAUCCUUCUGUUCCUCAUCCUCGCCGUUCAGUUCCAUCGUCAAAUGCUCCACCUUGAGCAUACCGGAAGAUUGCUUGAGUCCAAACGAACCUGGAGACCUCUCCUAUAUUCGCUUUACAUCAGUCUUCUGUUUAUCACCGUUCGCAUCAUCUACCGCUUGAUAGAAUUCUCGUCUGGCCACACUGCCUCAAACCCUAUACCGUAUCACGAAUGGUACAUGUACGUCUUCGAUGCUGCUCCAAUGCUCGUCGCCAUCGGAGUGUGGAAUGUUACCCACCCAGGCAAAUCCAUACGAGGCCCUGACGCCAAAAUGCCGUCGAGCGGUAUCAGCAAGCUAUUCUGCUGUGCCUGCUGCCGCUCCUGCUGCCGACGCGGGAAGACUUCAGGUUUGCAGAAACUACCCGAUUCGGAUCCAGUAGGAGAUGAGAUGUUGCCGUUCCGCCACCGGCCGCCCUCGCCGUACCGAUAG